CGAUUCGGGUUAACUCUCCCACAAAAAGUUAGUGGCAAUCCAGUGACGGAAGAAGGAGACACGUUUGUGUGCGUUCGCGGUGGACAACUCCUGGCGGUCGCACAUAAAUCUCGGUUUUUGGGCGACCUGGUACGGCGGCAAGACGUGUGAAAGAGCGCGUGAAACGAGUGGCUCACGUCGUGAAGUGAACGAUCUGAGGAGAGAUAGCUUAGUCCACAGGAAUAUACAGCAAAAAAAAACAAAUUUCAGCGCGGCGACCUCUCUUCCUCUCUCUUGCGCGUCGUGAGUGCGGGGUCGUCCGGCGUGACACAACACGGUGGGUGGGAGUUUGGGUGUGCGGAGAUUGUAUAGCACCAGGCGAGGCACGACGUCCUCCUAUGCUCGAGCGUAGUGUUUAGUCUUGGUUGUUUUAUGCUCACGUUCGCCCCAUCGUCAUUGUCAUCAUCGUCAGCAGCGACGGCGGUGGAGAUGUGCUGUUUUGGUUGAUGAUCGCGUAUACGGAACGGUUUGGUGUGGAUCUUAGCCAACAGAAAGAGAGAGGACGGGUAUUGUAGAGUGGCCGGUCGGAUACUCCAACGACGACGACGACGGCGACGUGCGCUCUCCACUGAGGUUUGUUGUUGUCGUUGUUGUCUUCGAGUUCUCGAGUCGAGAGGAGUCAUCGCGCGCGCCAACAACCAGCCACGGUACGGCGGUGUGAUAUAACGUUUUUGGUUGGACCUAGCACAUUAGAUGCAAACGGACUGUCGCGAAGUGAGGAUGUCAAAGUAGGAAGUGCUUACUUCGGAACAAUUAUAACUCCGCGCGAAUUUCGGUGCGAAUUUCGGUGCGAAUUCGCAUCCGGACGCCAAACACUAUCCUGGGGCCAGUGGCCAGAGCUGUCGUCCCCCGGACUAUAACCCCUCUAAAAUUCAACAAUCAAAAUUUAGUGAUCUAGCUCCAAAUCUACAACGUAGUUUACCUAGUUCAAAUAACAAUUGAAUCCCAGUGUACUUCACAACAAACCAGUCGGAAUAUAAAACAGCAAAAUUCCCGAACCCUCAGCCGUUCUUCAAAUAAAAACAAAAACAAGUGUUGAGGAAAAAAUAAUGGUCGUGAUGUGUUAGUAUACGCGAUAACUUCCAGUGAUUCAGUGCGCUCUUUCUCAAGGAUACUUUUCUCCCGUCUGGUUGUCCUCCGCAGCAGCGUGGAACAGUUGAAUUUCAACGACUCAAAAAAAAAAAAAUACCGACGAGACCGGAAGACAACAACAACAACAAAGUGUGUGAAAAGUAAAAACGGCGUGAUUGUUUGCGUGUGAAAGCGAGGGGAAAUUUUCCUCGAAACUGUUUUGUUGAGGUUGGUGCAAUCAUUUGAAAAAAAGGAAAAAAAACGGCCGUGAAUGAAAAAACCUUCCAAGUUAAUUGAGCCAAAUAAGGAACCCAAAAGGAAGAUUCAGAGAUAAAUUUAGAGCCACACAGAAAAAAAACAGCGACCAGCGGUGCUAAUUGUGAAGAACUCCCUCCCCGUAUUUGUAGGUCGACUAAGAAGAAAGUGUGUCUGACAGAAAAAGUGCUCACAGUGUUUCACUACUCCCUCACUCUUUGAGUUUGAGUGUCGCGGAAAAAACGGAAAAAAAAAGUUCGCGAAAAAUCAGCUGGUGCUGGUGCGGCUGCAGCGAAGGAAGAUAAGGAUUGCAAGUAGAAAAAAAAAGCCGCGACUAUAGGGAAGCUAGUAACCGAUAAGAAGAGGGAAAAAAUAGCGCACAAUUCUGUGACUGUGUAAAAAGGGACGACGCGUUCGUGCCGAGCGAGGCCGGAAAACAACAAUCCUGCCAAAAUGAGAAUUAAAAUGCCAGCUGUUCGAAUCGCACAAGAUUCAGACACCGGAGAAUCUGAAGGCACUCAAGAUAUCCUAACAUGCGGGUCCUGUCAGAAAACGUUCGCCCUCUCCGACAUUGUGCGAUUCAUCCAGCACAAAGUGCUACAGUGCAACAAGGAAAACUACGGCCAAUGCUAUUCACAAGCAACAGCCGGCGACAGAGAUUCGGACGAUGGACGACCUCUUACGUUAUCCAACUCACGGCGGCCCUCGAUCUCUGCACCCAUUUCGGCCCGGAAACCCAGCGGUUCCCGGGUUCACACACCACCACCCACCAGUCCGGCGGAACUCCUUCGGGAUGGUGCGUCCAGCACACCAAAGCGAUUAAAUGAAGAGUCGGACAACACUCCCUCCACGCGGUGUCCUUCGAACGCUAGCGCGCUGGGCACCAGCACGGCCAGUGGCGCCGAGGACGAGGAGCAAACAAACAAGUUGCCCUCCGGUGACGAAGUUCAAAUCAAGCAAGAACGACCCGAAUCGGAUCUGGCCGCCCACAACGGAGACGAGCCAUCAUCCGACGAACCUGCCCUGAAACGUUCCCGCACAGAGAUGUCGACGGAUGUCGAAUCUAACACGACCAGUACCGAACCCAGUAACUAUGUGUGCAGCACGUGCAAAACCAAAUACCAUUCGGCGUGGCGGCUGGUGCAGCAUGUCCAGCAUGCCCACAGAGUGAAGAUAUACGAGGUGUCGCUAGUCGAGGACGAGGAGCAACAAGAAGAGCAGAACGCGGCCCCCGUUGACAGCACCGCAGAGAGAAGCGAAACGGAAGCGGAAGCGGAUAAAGACGAGUCCCCGGCAGCCAACGAACCCGAAUCGUUAGUGCAGAGCGGCAAAUCCAACUCAAUGAAUAACCUCAGCGGCACCUCCAACUGCUCUAGCAACAACACUAGCGGUAGCUCCAGAGCAAGUGGAAUCAAUCUGCUGCAAAGCCAGCUCCAAAUGCAGCAGCAACAAACGCAACAGCAUCCACCCCGUGACUCCCAAAGUCUUCCACCGCCAGGCAUGAGACACCAUCCGCUACUACCACCGCCAGAGAUGCAUGCGAACCCCUUUGGCUUGCUGCGGAUGCCACUGAACCACCACCAGCACAGCCCACUCUUCGGCCGCGGUCACCAUGACUUUCGCAUGGAACAUCUCAUGUCCGAACAAUUUCGCAACCAUGGUCUCAAUCUUGCAGCAGCUGCAGUCGCUGCGGCGAAUCAACUGAAAUCUCACAAUCAACAAUUCAACGCCACCAAUCCCACAACGGAGCGACCUCCUUCGUCGGGAAGUGUGUCGUUACCAGGCGCCACCCAAGGUCUCGUUUUGGAACCUCACAUGGAUUUUUACUCUCAACGCCUGCGGCAACUCGCAGGCACCACUAGCCCUGGAACAAACCAAAACACCUCCAACUCACCCAGUCCCCGCAAGCAGCACUCGCCCUGCUUCGCUAGUCCCUCGCCAUCUCAGCUUCCACCCACCCCGCUAACGAAUAACUCCCGACCCCAAAGUUUGACACCACCGGAGAAACAUACCGAGCUUGGUUUGGAGUCGGGAACCAUCACCAACACCCCUCGGUCGGCUUCGACUCCCCCUAACAAGCAAAGCCAGAACACCGAUGCGUUCUACUCGUGCGAAUUUUGCGGCAAGAAGUUUCGCUUCCAGAGCAAUUUGCUCGUGCAUCGGCGGACACACACCGAAGAGCUUCCUUUCAAGUGUACCAGUUGUGAUUUUUCCUGCAUGGACGAGCUGAAACUCAAGCAGCACAUGAAAAUGCAUGGCAACCCCUCCGAGGAUGGAGCCAGCAAUCCAGACUCGAUGGAUUCCGAUCUUGACGACGACUCGGACAACGAGAUGGACGCGGAAGACAUCGAAGCCGAGGAGAACCUCCUGGAUAAUGAGGAUGCUCUUGGGGAUGAAGCCGAAGAUCUUAGCAUGAGUAGUACCCAGAGUCACGCCAAAAAAGACGGUCAAGUCCAUAUGCCGUCCUCGCUGGUCGGAGAACUUAUGGACAAGUUUGGGCUUUCGAACAUCGCCCAGUACUCUGAGGCGUACAAACAGGCUCUUCAGGAGUCGGGAAACGCGCUGAAGCUGCAGCUGACGAGUAAGGACCGGGACAACAAUAAUAGCGCAAUGGCUAUUCCCGGGCUGGCGGAAAAACUUAAUGGACUGCCGACCGCCUUACGGAUCAAGGAGGAACUAGCGAAGAACAUGCUGCAGCAUCAUAAUCCCCAACUUCCACAGGUUCCUCUGUUCAAUCCGUUCGAGAAUCCCUUCGAAACCUCCAAGCGCAUGAAACUCGAAGGUGGUGAGAGCUGGUGGAAUAUUCCCGGACUUCACCGAAACGAUUCUCUUUUCGAGAACUUGAAGCCACAUCGAGACCGAGGUCACGGUGGACUACUCCAGCCGAUGAUGAAGAAGGAGAACAAGCUACGGAACGAUACGUGCGAGUACUGUGGAAAAGUGUUCAAGAACUGCUCGAAUCUGACCGUCCACCGGCGAAGUCAUACCGGUGAAAAGCCUUACAAGUGCGAACUAUGUUCCUAUGCGUGUGCGCAGAGCUCGAAACUCACGCGUCACAUGAAAACCCACGGACGACUCGGCAAAGACGUCUACCGAUGUCGCUUCUGUGAGAUGCCCUUCAGUGUACCCUCGACACUCGAAAAGCACAUGCGAAAGUGUGUCGUAAAUCAGGGCAAGUUGCAGCAGCAACACGCCCAACAACAACAGCAACGAGAACUCCAACACCUGCAGCAUCAACAGCAACUCCACCACCAGCAACAACUAGCUGCCCAACAACAGCUUGCUGCGCAGCAAAUGGCAGCCGCGGCAGCGGCCCAACAACAGCAACAAGCCGCAGCCGCGGCAGCCGUCGCGCAGCAGCAGCAGCAACACCGGGAUCAUAUGCAACAGUCAACGCCACAGCCUCCUCGUGAUAUCACAAUGAUACCAGUGUCCCCACCUCAACCACCGCAACUUCCUUCCGGCCUUCUGCUGCCUCCACUGCCAAUUCCCCCCAUGGUAUCCCUGCCGGAACACCAGGAACGGACAGCAACCACCCCCUCCAGCAGUAAUCCCACCACUCCAAUCAUCAAAGAAGAAGCGGCAACAGCAUGACUUUACUCUCCAUGGAGUGGUUAUGAACUACCCCCCAAUAGGAUGAUGUCCAGAAUUUACUAAGAAAAUCGAACUGAAGUUACGAGAUCCUCCACUUCGCGAGCGUGUGAUCGCCUAAGUUCAGUUCGUUUUUCCGUGCCCAGAGAACUAUCCUGACCCGGGCAGGAUACCAUGUAAAGACAAAAAAGAAAAAAAAUACGAUGAAAUUAGAGGCAUUAAUACCAAAGUUUAAAAAGCGAGAAGACACAAUUAUUAGAAGAAAAGAUUUUUUAUUUCUCGGUUUUUUAUGUACAUAGUAGUGUUAAGGAAGAAAAAAGGCAUUUAAGUUAGUUAAAGAAAAAAUUAUAAAUUAUUCCCAUUUUUACCAAGAGACAAUUUAGGAGCCAAUCCCAGUGGUAGUGACUUGUACAUUUUUUGUCGCUCGAUUUAAGAAACAAAUAAAAGAGUAAAAGCAGCGGUUGACAUUUUAAAACAAACCAUUCGACGAAUCAAAACUAAUCGAAAACGGCACAUUGCCUGCCGUCACAUUUCGGUGUUGUUGAAGAAAAAAGGACGAUAACAUUUUUGUUGGCACUUUAGUUCACUGAACUUCACUUCUGUCCCCCCCUUCUGUAAGAUAAUUGUUUAGGCUAAUUGAAGUGAGAUCAGAAGCAAAAUUGCAUUUUUUUUUGGUCGUUUGUAUUUUUGUUUGGUUCCAAUUUCUAUUUGGACUCUUUUUACUUCUGUUUGUUAGAGUUGUCUUUUGGCAGGUUAUGUUUCUCCCAAUUUGUCUGUAAAUAAUAGUCGUGGCGUCCCAAGAUCAUCUUUAAUAUAUUCCGACCGCAGGCGAACCGUUUUUAUUUGCUAGGUUCUAC